GAGACCCCUAAAUUAAUGUUGGGGAAUAUACAUCUAUUCUAAAGGCCCAUAAUUAUUAGGAACACGUGAUAUAUUUUAUUUGGCCCGAUAAAAUAAAAUAUGAUUAAAACGGACCGAGAAAUACAACUUUCGGGGCCGAUUGUACACACCGGGACGUAAUGGGAUGACCUCCCACAUAAGUGGGGGCCACCCCACGUUUUUAUGGGUGCUGAUUGAUCAAAUAAUGGGGGAGGGGAGCAGCUAAACGUGCUGGUACGCACAAGGGAGAGGGAGGAAGUCUCCUUUGAGACAAAAACCCAUGCUAGGGUCCUAUCCCACACAAAUCAUUGUGUUGGUUGAAAAUGACCUCUCCCCUACCCUCUCUUCAAUCCAUUCGGCCUGUACGGCGGGUUGUUGACGUGUCCGGGUAGGUCCGGGGCGUGACACUGCACCCUUCCUCAAUACUCUCUAUCUAAUUGUAUUCAAACUACUAUGUUGUAUUAUAUCUUUCCUCUACAUAUUUCUUUUAAUAAUUAUUAGAUAUUUCCAUAUGUUCUUUUUUAUUUCAACUACGCACGCAGCAGAUUGGAACCCAACUGGCACAACAGCAGAUGAAGAACAACCAGAACAUCUCCAGCGUUCCAGAAACUGCAGCAACAGCUACGUCUGCCCAAAACCGCAGCUCAAUCCCAGCACCGCCCCUUAAAGUCUCUUAUGCAGCAACUCUUUCAUCCACAGCAGCAGACAAAGCUACAAUAAUCACAACCACACCAGCCCAACCACUCAACGCCGGCCGAACUGUCAACUCCAGAGGCACCUACUCCUACAAACAGCCACGAACAGACACUAACCACCACACAAGAUCUUUCGCGGAGAUCCUCAAACAGCCUAACCCAUCUUUUCCCUUAAAACAGCCGUCACGUCUCAACGGAAUGCCGACAGUUUCUUUUUCAGAAGAAGAAAUUGUCUCCUUGGCUAAAGAAAUGAACUUCGCACUCAUAGGGACAUUCCUUCAUGGAAUCCCCAAACUGGCAAUGGUUCGAAGUACAUUUAACUAAAAACAAACUGUCUAUUAAUUGAAUUAAAGACUGUACAUUAAUAGCUUUAAUUGAAUUAAAGCUAUUAUUAAUGUGGUUCUCUUAAUCAUAUUUGUGUGGAUCAUUCGUCCAGAUAAAAUCAUCUAACACAACAACAAUUUUGAACCACGACUUUAGGCUAAAGUGGAAUAUGAUGGUUGGUGGAUUCUUGAGGUAUGAUAGACAAUAAUUUUUCUGCUCUA